ACCGUUGCUACAACAUUCCAGAUAAACUAUUUAGAAUCAGUGCUAAUUAUAUAAUGGCCGCAAAAACAUCUAAAAGUAAGACAUUUACAACUAAUGUGGACCUUCAUGCGGAUGUUGAUCAUGACUUUUUUGACGAUGAGCCAACUACUUCAGCACCAUCACAUAUGACAGUUACAGUUAGUAAAAAAGAACAAAGGAACGAUUCCGGCGAAGACGACCGGCCGUACUCCCGAAGAGAAAGAAGAUAUAGUUCAUCCUCGCACUCUUCAUACUCAUCGGAUUAUACAAACUCUGAUUCAGACACUUCUAAAGAAAGAGAAGAAUUAAAAAGCAGAACGCCUGGCAGACCGCCUUCUGGCCGUCGGAAUUCAGAUUCGCAUUCCUCAAGGCGCAAAAAGGACUGCUCCUCCCCAGACUUAACUGAUGUUUCACCGGCACCGUCGCCAAAACCUCAAAAGAAACCUAGACCUAAAAGUGCAGUUACUUUUAAAGAACCAACUGAAACUGAUACAGACUCUACUGACAUGAGAAUAUUAACACAAGCGAUAUUCGAAAUGGAUAGAAAGAAUAGUGGGGGGAAAAAGUUUGUCGUUCCAGACAAAAAUUAUUCAUUUAACAAUAUUCGAUUAGAUGAAAUAAAUAGUGAAAACGAACGUCUGCUAAGGAAAUUAAUGGAGCAGAACAAGCGUCCUAAAUCUGCAACUAAAGCUCAAAGUAAAAAGCAAAAGGCUGUUAUGAGAAUGACUCCGUCUGCAGUUAAUAGAAAAAAAGAACAAGAAAGAAUAGAACAAGAAAACUGGGCACUUCUAAAACGACUCGAAAGAGCCAAAGCAACGAGAGGCUUACAACGAGAUGCACUCAUGAAAAACUAUCACUCUAAAACUUUGUGUGGUGUUCCUAUAGCCGCUGCCCAUACUUCUGUUAGAAGACCUCAAUUAAGAGCUGGCUCCGAAUCGACUGAGUAUCUGUAUUUAAGGGAGGAUCAUCCCGUUGCCGAGUCUAAUGUUGAAGUUCAGAGAUAUAAGAAUUCUGCUAGAUCAAGACCGAGUAGUGCUAAAACAACAAGCCGUCCAUCAAGUGCAAAACCGAGGCCAGGUAGUGCAAAAAGUAGACCACCCUGGCAAGAAGGUUGGUGA